AUGAAAUGAAACAUGUCAAAAUCCUAACUCCAUCUAAAAUGCAUUUCUAAAAAUAGUAUGUGCAUCAAUAAUAACAUGCCACAUGAGACUACAUUUCCUAUAAGUGCUUGAAAAAAAACGUCCAGGUUUCUAUUCCUCUAAGCAUCACCGAAACCAACAUCACCUUUUAACGAAACAUAUCGGUUCCAGAUCGCCUGUGGCAGCCGUGUUUUCUCCGUAUAUGGUGCAUGGUUAUUUAACCAACAGUUCCCCGGCUGGAUCCGGGACUUAAUAAAUAAUUAAAGAGGACGGAGGGGAGCUGCAGCUGAUUUGCUGAUGUCAGGGAGCCAGUGCAGCAUUUCAUGGUGCAGGGUGUAAACGCGGUGCCAUCUGCCUCCAUCGGUGCUCUCGGCAAACCUUACACAUGCGAGCCCGACAAGAAAGAUGCUGCCAACUCUCAAGAUUUGGGCAUUGUUUCUUGUGUCGCUCUCCUGUUUGUCUCAACCGGGGCUUUAAAGAAGGUUUUCCGAUGUCCUUCAACAUGCAGCUGCUCCAAGGAGUCGAUCAUAUGCGUCGGGUCAUCCUAUGUCCCAAGGAUUACCCCCAACGACAUCAGUUCUUUGAGUAUCGUCAAUGGGACUUUCUCUGAGGUCAAAGAGUCUAUGUUUGCUCACAUGUCAUCUCUUCAGCUAUUGCUUUUGAAUUCCAAUUCUCUUACAACUAUAAGGGAUGAUGCAUUCUCAGGCCUUCCACAUCUGGAAUACCUGUUCAUUGAGAGUAACAAGAUAGAGACGACAUCCAGAUAUGCCUUCAGAGGACUCAGGGACUUGACUCACUUAUCUUUGGCAAACAACAACAUUAAAGCCUUGCCCAGGGACCUCUUCAUUGACCUGGACUCACUGAUAGAGCUGGAUCUGAGAGGUAAUGCCUUCGAAUGUGACUGUCGUGCCAAGUGGCUGAUGACAUGGCUGAAGAACACCAAUGCCACAGUGUCUGAUGUCGUGUGUGCUGGACCCGAGGAUAUGAAGGGCAAGCGUCUCAAUGAUAUGACUAGUCUGCACAAUGAAUGCAUCUCAACUGAUUUCAUCCUUCAUCAGUCCGUAGCAUCCGAGUCUCUUUCUGUUGACACUUUCAGCUAUAAGAAUGACGUCUACGUAGCUAUUGCUGCUCCCAGUACAGAGAGUUGCAUGGUUUUGCAAUGGGACCACAUAGAAAUGAACUUCAGGACUUAUGAUAACAUAACAGGUCAGUCCAUUGUGGCAUGCAAGUCAGUUCUCAUCCAGAACCAAGUGUUUGUCAUUGUGGCUCAGCUCUUCGGUGGCUCCCACAUCUACAAGUUCGAUGAGGACCAAAGCAGGUUCAGCAAGUUCCAGGACAUUGAAGUGUCCAAAAUCUCCAAACCCAAUGACAUUGAGGCAUUUCAGAUUGGUAGCGACUGGUUCUUUGUUGUUGCUGACAGCUCAAAAGCGGGUCUGUCCACUCUCUACAAGUGGAACGAUAAGGGUUUUUAUUCAUACCAGUCGCUGCAUGAGUGGUACCGUGACACAGAUGCUGAAUUCUUAGAUCUGGAUGGAAAGGCCCACCUAAUCUUGGCAAGUCGCUCACAGGUCCCAGUGAUCUAUCAGUGGAGCAGGAGCAACCAGAAGUUCAUCCUGCAGGGCGAGAUCCCUAAUAUGGAGGAUGUAGUCGCAGUGAAGCACUUCCGGAUCCAAGAGGAACUGUUUCUGACUAUGACUCGCUAUAUUGGAGACUCCAAAGUCCUCCGCUGGGGUCCCAAACAGUUUGCAGAGAUCCAGGCCUUACCAUCAAGAGGCUGCAUGAUUCUCCAGCCGUUUUUUUUCAAAGAACGUUACUACCUGGCCCUGGGAAGCGACUACACCUUCUCACAGAUUUACCUGUGGGAUGAUGAAAUGAAAAUCUUUGAUCGCUUUAAGGAGGUGUAUAUCCAAGCACCGCGCUCAUUCACUGUGGUUUCCACUGACCGCAGGGACUUCAUCUUCGCUUCCAGCUUCAAGGGAAAUACAAAGAUCUUUGAGCACAUCAUUAUUGACUUGAGCUUGUGAGGGGCUGUGCCUUAUUGCCCCUUCUGCAAUCGAAUGUCUUCCAUUAAAAAGAUACGAUUGUAAAGGAAAAGAAAGGACCAGAACGGAGUUAAUGGCCUGGCAAAUAUCAAUUCCUACAUCGUUUCCUGUCACAUAUAAGAGCUGGUUCUAGUCGUGUUGGAAAUUGUGAUAGUCUGUUAAGUUUUUUGGCUAUUUCUAAGUGGCCUCGUCCAAUUGCCUGCACUUGUGGUCUCUCAGACUUUUAGAAAUAGUACCACUUCAGAAAGAUUGGGAGUCAAGAGGGUGGGCAAAUGGACCAGGCAGCUGGUAUUAUCGGAAAAAAUCCAGCUUACAUUCCAGAGGGAAGAAAUUGGGAAUUUAAUUUGAGCUGCUCAGAUGGUUUAGUAUCCCCUGUGCUAGUGGUUUUAUAUGAGAAAAUAGGACCUGAGAGGAAUACUGUAUUAUUAUUUCUGAUUUCUUCUCAUUUGGGGCAACUGAGGAUGUUACAGGUGUGGUUGCUCAUCUUAAUGCCACUUACCUCAUGUCCUCCAAACCUGUGGUAAUGUAUAGACUGUUGCCUUAUCAGCUCUGGGGUUCUGUGUUGUGAUGGGCCCACAGUGCCUCCCACUGGUCGUGAUGAAGUAUCACACCCUUUUGCUUUUUUCCAUACAGGGAAUGUCUUGAAAGCACAAACCUUUAAUUACAUGGCUGCGACCACAGUCCACAGAGUGUAGUUGUUUAGUGGAAAAUGUUACUGUAGGUGCUAUAGAGUAUAUUGCGUACAGUAAAAAUGAAGAUGUGGUUUGUUAUUUUAGAACGUGAAUUAUUCAGGACUGGAUAUAGCUAAUGCCUUUGUAGACAAACAUAUAUUAAUGGAAAAAUCCCCGUUUAGAUACCCUUUCAGUUAGGUACUGUAAGAGGCAAAGUAGAUGCUUUUUUUUAUCCAUUUAGUGGAGAGGAUAUGUGUAUAGGUGACGUCAGGGAAAUUACACCUAGUUGAAAUCUAGUAGAAAAAAGUUGUUGGACUCCUUGCAUAACUUAACAGUUCUUUUGAAAAUAUUACUAAAAAGAUUCCUCACAGCAGAAGCCAUUGGCCUCAGAUUAAUUUGAUAAAGGACAGAGGACACAAAAUGUAAAUAUAGUUGAGAGGCUUUUUCAGUCUUCUAUACUGUUCUUUGAAGAUCUUGAAUGUACAUAAAACAAGGUCUGUAAUGCCACUACCUGUAUGUCACACAAAAAUCUGAACAAAUCUUUGCACUUAUUUAAGAAAAAAAAUGUUACUGCAGCUUGCAAGAGCAUGACAUUCAGAGCAGGAUGUUUGCCAAAUUCUUUUUACAUAAAACGAACUAACUCAGAGGCCUAAAGUGCUUCUACUUAUCAAGUGAAUGGAGUUGCAAAUAAAAACAAAACAUAAUGGAAUAUGCAAGCUUUAAAACAUUCUUUUGUAUGAUUUUGUUUUAAGCAUAUUGAAUGUUACUCUCAAAAUAUAUUGUAAGUCUAAUCUGUUGAGUAUCAAAAUAAAUGUGUGAAAAUAUGA